AUGCCGGUUCGGGAAGGACGAGGGUCGGGAGAGGAGCGCGCCCGGUUGCUUCGCGGAAUCGCGGGUUAAGGGCCGGGGGGGCUGCCCACAUUUCUGGCGCUGCUGGGGCGCUUUCGGAAACGUCCACGUGCAGACCGGGCGUUCCGACUUGGGUGGGGCUCGAACCGGCCACCCCAGCGCCAGGGAGGUCGCUUGCAGUUUGGGGCAUUGCUUUUUCCCUCCCCCCGGCCCCCCUCCCGGCUGCCGGUCUUUCCGGCCAAGUGGAGUUUGCAGAGGAGCCGCUUGCUUCCAAUUCCGCGCCCAGACUGGGAGUGGAGCCGCAGGUGCCCUGGCUUGGCUCAGCCGCGCCCCCCUCCGCGUUUCCACGGGACGUUUCUGCGCCGCGGCUCCGGGAGUUGAGGCAGCCGCCCGCGGGAGAGGCGCCCCCACGAUGCCGGCGCGCCCCUGGUGGCCUGUGGCGGUGGGCUUGGGGUGGCUCCUGGUGGCCGCGUCGGGCGCCGAGGGCGGCUGUGCCGAGCUGGGCCAGUGCUGCCCGGGCAGGAGCCUGGCGUGCGUCAGCUCCGGCUGGAGACCCGACGGCUCGCACGGCCCCUGCUUCUGCGACCGCGCCUGCCGCGACACCUUGGACUGCUGCCACGACUACCGGGAGGUGUGUCCAGUGGCUUCUUGUGUGGUCUCCGAAUGGAGUGAAUGGAGCGGCUGUGCAGAGCCUUGCAAGGCGACCUAUCGGGUUCGAAGGAGGCGUGUCAUCCAGGAACCGAGAAACGGUGGGGAAGCCUGUCCCACUCUGGAGGAGAAGGCUGGCUGUUUGGAAUACUGGAACCAGCAGGGGCAAGAAUGCAAGCAGUCUUUCAUUCCAGCAUUGAUUACCACUGGAGGCUAUGGGAAAGCAAGGAAGAAGCGUGCAGCGUCUAAUGAAAAUGAAAGAGCUGGGUACUGUGUUGAAUUUCAGCUCCUGGCAAUCACAAAAGGUUGUCUGCAUGGGAAUAGCUCGUACACUCACUGGAUGAAAUAUCUCAGCGAAGGACACAUUGUCUGUGUGGAGUGCCAGCAUCCGGCUUUGGAUUCCCGGAGUUUGCACUGCUCCGGAGAUGGCAGUGAAGCCAAAAAGAACCAGCAACUACACUGGCAGGCAGUGGGAAACCCCAGAUGCAGAGGAACCUGGGAGCGGGUUCGCCAGCUGGACGUUUGCUCCUGCCCUUCGGUUCACAGCUUCUUGUUCAUCUGAUUUUUCACCCAGUUGCUUCUCAGCCUCCUGUUUCCUUGACAGUUCUCUUUCAUGGAGGUUCAGCCACGAACAGCUGCAGCAGGUCUGCUGACUGACACGUUAGAAGUUCAGAGGGCUUCCACUUUGAAGGAGCUUUCCAGACACCCGAAGUUUCUCUGUGCCUUUAUCUCAAAGAGUCUUCGGUUAAAAGAUUCUGGACCGCAGAGGUGGAAAUCUGCUGACAGAUCCUGUUCUUAAUGACUGAUCGAGUGUGUGUGCAUUCAUCAUAAACGCAGAGGAGCUGCCAGCCAUGAAGUUUGGGGGGAAAACUCUGCACAUUGAGAAGCACAUUGUUCAUUUUUUUUUUAAAAAAAGCAAGUUUCUCGUCCUUAUUAUUGCAGCAGUGAUUUUGGCCGUAUUUUUUGGGGGGGGGGGGGGCAAUGCAAGUUCUAGUGCUGGCUCCAGGUUUUCAUGGGCUCUUUCCUCUCACUGAACAUCACUGACCACUUUCUGCCCCAACAUCUCAGCUGCAUCAAGGGCUUCUAUUGUGCUGCUUUUCUUUCUUGCCCUGCGGGUGAAACUGCAAAGAGUUGUUCUCAGGAGAGCUAAAAGCAUCACAAGGGCCUCCAAAAUCCCUUUCAGUAAGAACUGGCAGGUGGCCUACUUCCUGGUGCAACAGGUGUCUCGAAGCAAUUAAAUGAACAGAGUAUUUCUA